UCACAAGACCCAAGAAAAUUGGAAAGGACAAAAACAGGAAGAGCAAGGGAGAGGAGGUCGUGUUUCAAAUAUUGGCGGAGACAAACGAGAGAGAGGGGUUGGCGAGCACUCAGCAGCAGAGGCGGUCGUUGCGAUAAAAAGCUUGGGAGAGGGGUUUGGAUUUUCAUUCCACACUCCCCUUCCUCUCUUUUUGGACGCUCACAGCAGAUUCGUGAAGCUAUUUCUAUCUGUGUUUUCUUAUUAUCUCUCUGAAAAUGGAACAAAAGACUAUGCUGUUUCGUCUUCUACCUUGCUGGGUACGCUCUGGUUUCUCCACUUCUCUUCUCUAUUAAACGCGAUCACAAAGAUAUUUGCUCUUCGGUGAGGUUACCACCGCCGCCGCCAGAACGUUUAUUGUUCAAAGAAGUGACAUGUCAACAUUCACAGCUAUAGCUUUGGAUAGGUUGUUAGAACCUGGAGCUUCCAGAUCACUUGACAAAUCUGCUCCUAAUUCAAGGCCUAUUCCAAAUACGAAACCUGCUAACAAUUCCAAGCUGGAGAGGGGAAAUAGUACGUCAGUAAUUGAGAGGAGACCUCCACGCCCCCAGAUUUCGCCAGCCCUCUAUGCUACUCCUGAAGCAACUCCACUCCCAGAUUCACCUUCGUCAUUGUCAUUCCCUCCUUCCCCAUACAUCGUCAAUCACAAGCGUCGUGGGCCCCGGCUCCUGAAGAGUUCUUCUGAGGUUGAUGUAUCGUCUCGAAGGAAAACCCUUGAUAAGGACAAGGUCAAUGGGAAUUCAAAUGUUGCAAAAACUAACACUGUGGAUUCAACUAAGAAUGGUGUUGUUACUUCGACAAUUCCUGAUUCUAAAAUUCCAGAUAAUGUUCAAGAGGAGCGUAAAAAUGGAAUUUACGAUAGCCAUAUUGAAGAAGAGCGCGAUGAUGGUGUAAUUCGUGGCCCUGUUGUUGUUCAGCAUGUUGUGAAUGGUGUCCAUACUGGUGAAAUAGGGAGCAAUCAUGGGGAACUUGGGGAAAGUAACAUGCAUGUUGACUUUGACAAGGGAAAUGGCAUGCUGAAGCCUGCUAUGUCAAGUCCUGAAAGAGAUCUUGACUCUGAGGAUUUCUUUGAUCCACAGGAUUCAAUGAGUGUCACAAGCAAUACAGAUGGAGAGGAUAUUUUUGUGGCAGAAAGUUCUCUGAAGCUAGCUACACCGAUGUGGGAUUUUUAUGAUGCUUGGGAAGAACUGUCGUCUGAGAGUGGGCUACAGACCGCUGUUCGCGAUGUUGAAGCCGAACUGAGUGACAUAAGAUUGAGUUUAUUGAUGGAGAUAGAGAAGCGGAAGCAAGCAGAAGAAGCUCUGAAUGACAUGCGAAGCCAGUGGGAACAUAUUAGACAACAACUGGCCCUUGUGGGAUUGAUGCUUGGACAGCCUACUGCUCUAGCAGAAGGGGAGCAUACGACUGCUGAUCCUGUAGAAGAGCUAUGCCGGCAAGUUAAUCUUGCACGGUUUGUAUCACAUUCUAUUGGAAGGGGCACAGCAAAAGCUGAGAUGGAGACCGAGAUGGAAGCUUUGGUUGAGGCAAAGAACUUUGAGAUUGCACGUUUGUCGGACCGACUUCAAUAUUAUGAGGCUGUGAAUCGAGAAAUGUCUCAGAGAAAUCAAGAAGCUAUAGAGAUGGGGCGGCGUAAUAGGCAUACAAGGAAACUAAGGCAGCAUUGGGUCUGGGGAUCAAUUGCUACUGCCAUAACUCUUGGCACAGCAGCCUUAGCAUGGUCUUACCUCCCCUCAGGAGAUGCAUCGGUUUCCAGCAAUGGGUCUCAGGCUUCUGAAAGUAAUGAUGCAGCUAAACAAUAAGCAGAUACGAAAAAAUGGUCUAUGAUGCUUUUCUUAGAAGAAAAGGAGAUAGUAAUUUGCCUCAUUGUGAAUAGCAAUGUCUUGCUCUUGUGAUUGCAUUCUGCGUAUUUAUUGUUCCGUCUAUGUUAGAGCACCACCUCCACUGUGACCUUCAACUGCGCGUGCUUUGGGUGGUCUAACAAGAAUGAUUAGGUGGAAAAUUACUAUUAUUUUGGUUUACAGGUUAAGUAUUUCCAUUUUCGGACCGUUGACAUCAUGCUUUAUGUGUUGUUACACAUGAUAAUAAGGUGUUUUCUCCUGGCUCACUCAUUCACUUAGAGGCGGCUGUUAAAAUAUAAAUUUUGUCCUGAGAGGGAGUUUUUUCUUGUUAAUGAUCUGAGAUUUAGUUGCUUUGGUAAGCUUUUAUCCGACUUCAUGUCUGCAUGACCACUGCAGUAAGGAAAGGCUUUGAAAUUGCUUACAAGAGCUGCUCGGCUCAACAUUGAAGACUUCUUACAGAAGAAAGUUUAUCUUGAGGUAGAAGUGAAAGUAAAAGAGCAUUGGAGGCAAGAUGAACGGCUUCUGAAGAAUUAUGGCUAUGGGGGAGGUCAAAUUCGAGCACUAUAACAUGACUUCCUCUGAAGUUCAGUUUAUGUCCUCAUGGGUUGGUCUCUAAGCCACCUCCUCUUUGGGUCUUAUCGUUUGCCCAGGCCCAGGCCCAGGCCCAAGUGCUUAGCAUAAUGGCCAGACGCCGACGUGCACUGCACCUCCUGUUAUUCUGUUAAGGCUGUUAUGAUGCCGACAGGCUCAGGAAGGACCCCCAUGCGACGCCUCGUACGAGAUGCUUCUUUUGUCGAGUUGGAGAUCUCGAGCCUGUGGGCCUAGUUGACCUACCAGAAGUCCUGAGAUCGGACGGUAGAUCCGUGUUUCACUGCAAACAAAUUUCGUGGGCCCAAACGGCACCGUUAGCAAUAUUAAUAUUUUUGUUUC